AUGAAGGGAGGAGGGGAGCGGAGGUCCGCCGGCUAUGCGGGGGCAGCCGGGCGCGGCGGCGGCGGCUCCGGGGGCGGCGCUCUCACGCUCGGCUGGCGCGUGCCAACUGGGCCCGCGGAUCCAGACUUCGAAGAGGCACAUCAGAGAGGACGAGGGGUGCUGGUGCAUUGUCAGGCGGGGGUGUCGCGCUCGGCCACCAUCGUCAUCGCCUACCUGAUGAAGCACACACGCAUGACCAUGAUGGACGCCUACAAGUAUGUUCGGGGCCGGCGGCCAGUAGUCUCACCCAACCUCAACUUUAUGGGCCAACUGCUGGAGUUCGAGAGAGACCUCAACUCCGGGAUCACCCCGCGAAUCCUUACGCCCAAACUCAACGGCCUGGAGACCCAGCAUCCUCCCUUGAGCGUCGCUGUGCUUGAUGCGGUGGUCCUGCUGUGAUACGGCAGAUAUGACGAAAACGAUGAUGACUGCAUUACUGCUGAAGAUUCAUUGUAACGAGAAUUAAACUUUUGAAUAAGUAUUUAUACGAUAAUAGGGCUGUACCCAUUGAACACAAAUAUGCAGGAGAAAAAAGGCAAAUAUUGUCUCAUGUUUAAAUGAUCCUCUAUAAUGACUUUCUGUGAAAUCUGCCUCACUGGGAUAGUUUAAUAAAGGACUUUUUUUAAAACAA